CUUUUGUGCAUUCGUAUCUGUUCGAAUGUUUAUUUACUUUUUCUUGUGGGAAUAACGUCGAACACCUUUCGAACAUAUUUGUAUUUGCUUAUAUUUCCUUCUCGAAUUUCUUCGUGACAGCGUUCAACUAUGCCGGAGGCCACACGGUGGACGAAGUUAGUGCCAGUGACUACAAAGCAUGCUCGGCUGGAAGCUCCAUAACUUCCGACAGUUCAGGCUCCACCACCAUCACCUUAAAAACCGCCGGGACUCACUACUUCAUUUGCAGCUCCAUGGGGCAUUGCGAUGGCGGCAUGAAACUCUCCGUCACAGUCGCUGCUGCCGGAGGAUCGUCCACUUCUCCGUCGUCAGGGGGCGGCAGCUCCACCACUCCGACGUCCCCAGCAAGCGACACCCCUUCCGUCACCGGAACCACGCCGACGACGAAGCUUCCAGCUGGUUCGUCGAAUUCAGGGUCGUCUCUUUCCCCCAAAUUCUACGCGAUUUUGGUAGGUUCAUUGGUGUUGGCUGUGGGUUAUUAAGAAAUUGAGAUUAUAUGCGUAAAUGUUUCUGA